AUGGACUUAUUUGCUGGUAAACCCGUUAUGGGCGCUGGUUCGACAGAACCCGAGGUGGACGAUAAGGCUGUGAAUGAGGAGACAAAGCUGAAUACAUCUUUGAAAGAAGAACUUGCCACUUUUGAUCCUAGAGAAAAACACACAACAGUAAACAGCGCUCCAUCAUCAACAACUGCUACAGAGGCAGAGGCACAGUCGACGACUGCGAAUCCGCCCAACUUAACUUCCCAGAUUGCCGCCACCGCGACAGAACCAAGAGCGGAGAUGGAGACCUCAGCUCCAGAAGUCAAUCCAACAUCCGAAAUUCCUGCACAGGAAGAAUCUACCCCCUUAGAAAGUGAGAAUAAGACUGAAGCGCCAGCUACAACAUCAACUUCUAGUUCCGAACCUUCUAGUUCUCCUUCAGUGGGAGCUGAGAUAACCGAGCCAGGUAGACUGGAGGAGACUGGAGGAGUAGCAGAUACCGAAGUGACUACAACAGCGACAAGUGCUCCAGAGCCAAGUUUCACUACCAGUACUGAAGCAACUACAGAAGCUCUAGUAACGGGAAGCGUCAAAGCAAUCGAGACUACACUUGCAAUGAUGGAGACGGUAACCACGACUCCUUCGACAGCGAAGGAAACGACAACAAUUGGCUCCGACGCUGAGAUACAAGAGGAAGUAGAAGCUUCAAGUUCGGUAGCUUCAUCAACGUAUGCCACGAAAGCAAUUCAUCACGAUGCUGAAGAAAAACCUCAAAUAGAUUCUGUCAUUUCGGAAAACGACGGACUACAAAACUCCGCUGACAAGAAGCCUCGAACAAAAAUUUCAACCACCUCGACAACUUCAAUACCAAAAAUUCCGUCCGCCACAACAGAUACCUCCGUAGAUUCGGCUGCUUCUAACUCUGAGGUCACUACCCAUUCAGAAGAUUCAGGAACAACUUCUGCUGUUCCUCUUGUUGGCGAUGGCUCUUCCACAACAGAGAGUAGAACUACUGAAAAUUCUGGCACAUCGACAGUUUUGAGAACUUCUGUAGUUCCUUCAGAAUCUACACCACUAAGCAGUACUGAAGCAGUGACUGUCACUUCUGAGCCUAAAACUACUACUGUUUCGGAAAUCUCCACUACAAAAGGAGAUAUCCACGCAUCUACCGUUUUUGUAACGACAUUGAUUGACGAGGUAGCUCCUGAAAUCACUUCUAAAUCUAAUACUGUUAGCGCUAGUUCUGCGACAGAGGCAACACAGACAGAAGCACCUCCAGCUCGUUCUGUAGAUACAGCUCCUAAUGCAGAAAGAUCUUAUCCCACUCUUAUUACAUCUGUAGGAGUAACGGAAGUAACGUCGCCAAGUUUGGCUGAUUCUACGACGACCACUUCAACACUUCCUUACAGUUCAAGCACUUCGGGAACACCUAAGGAAGACUCAACGCAGACUUCUGUAGAAACAUCAACUACUGCCAGUGAAAGUCUUGCUACAGAGCAAAGUUUGACCACAACGGCUGCGAAGAAACCUCGGAAAAAUCCAUUCCAACCAUAUCUCAAAGCAAAGGUGUUCACGUCAAGGAAAGAAGAAGUAACAAUACCGGAAAUUAGUACCACCACGGAAGAAACAACCACGACUACCAGACUACUCGAGGAUGCGGAUGCAGCAAAACCGACAGAAGAAGAGCUUCCCGAACUGGCUGUUACGGUAGGGCUAAACAGAGAAGGAGUAGUAUCCACAGCUCGUUUUGAUUCACCUACACCAGAGCCUGCGCAUCGUGAUUUGCCAGAACGAUGGAAGGGUCUUGUCCAAAGGCUGAAGAAUAAACUAGCUGAACUCAAGGCAAAAAAGCUACUAUUAGCCUUGACUGCCUCAACAACAACAGAGAAAGCUUUAAGUGAGCCUACAAGUACAGCAGCUUCCGAAAGCUCUACUACUACUGCUGAGUCAACUACGCCUUCCACGGCCGCAGCCGAAAAGAUACAGGAACUAUCCGCCACUAUAGUAGUAGUUUCAAACGAUGCCACUACAAAAUCAACUACUUCUCACCUAAGGUCUUCUUCGGCUGAUGUUACGGAAAGCAUAGGCACUGGAGCACCUUCAUCUACCAUUACUACGACUACCACACCUGUGACAAGUACGCAGCAAGAAGUUACAGAAGAAGAAGGGCAAGGUUCGACCACUCCAGGUGUUUCUGAAGCUAAGGAUGGUGCUCCAGUGACAGAAGUGGUGAGACAUGAAGAUGAUACUGCAUCUGCUUCAACUAUGGCUUUUACCACAACUGAGCCAACAAUUAUUACACUUCAAAAGAUUACAGUUGAGCCCUCGACAGCAGCAGCAGCAGAAUCAGACCAAACGAGCACGUCUGUAGAUAUGUCUUCUACUUUAAUUACAGCAGGGGAAAGGUCGACAUCAGCAACGCCAGCUACAGUAAUUGUGACAUUCGCUGUAAAAUCCGCAAGUUCGGAGGAAGUAAGCGCGAGUGGCAUGAGAACUACCGUCACAACAUUUCCUUCAUCUAGUACAGCCAAGGAUCUUGAUCAAGAGGUACAAUCGCAAAAACCAUCUACGGAAAAAGCUACUACGGAAAUUACUGUCAGAAUCGAGGCAGAUGUUGAUGUGGAGGCAGUCACUGUCAAAACUGAUCCUGAUGCGGCCGCCCCUGAGAAACCACAUACUCAAGCUAAAGUUAUUCCCACGACUUCGAUUUCUUCACCAGCGGAAACGACAGCUUCAGUGAGAGAAGAGAAUAUUUCUAGCGAAACUAAAGCGUCUACUACAUCGCUCGUAACGUCCACCAGUGCUGAAGGGCUACCAUUCAGAACAGAAGCACCUUCCACCGUAAUUGCCACAGUACCUUCUACCGUAACCGCCACAGAACUGCAGACUACAACAGCUGUAGAAGAUCUUGUUCACACAACAUCUGAUCUCAAAAAAUUCACUAUAACAUCCACAGCAACUGAAUCCACAACCACCUCGGAAUCAACUAGCCUGUCAAGCACGGAUCAGACGACAACAAGAGAUGACAACGAAAAGGCUGUCGGAGGAUUCGUGGUUUCGAAAGAUGAAAGUUCAUCGUCUGAGGAAGAUGAGGAUGAUGGAAAAAAAACUCCAGCCACUACCACCACAGCGUCAUCGCCUGAAAAGGCUGUACCGUUCACCAUUCCACAGCCGCCCUCAGGAAAGCCAAAUCUUUUCUCCUCCUUACUAAAUGGGCUCAUCCGAGCAACACAACCACCUACAGCUUCUGCAACCACCUAUACCGCGCUCCAGCAGGCAGCUUCCACGGAAGGACCGGAGAUUGCAAGCACCGCCGAAAUCAAAGUUGUCAAUGACAAACUCUUAGCUGAAAGUGGUGACUUUGAAAAGCGAAUCCGGGAAGAAAGAAUACGUUUUGAACAGGCAAAACAUCUUCAUGAGGAACAGCGACGAUUUGAGCAACAAAAAGAAAGUGACAGCGACAGCGUCCUCAGAGAAGAACUCAAAAGAAGAAGCGAAGAGAUGAAACGACGAUUGGAAGAGCUGAAAGCAGCCGAGCUGAGGCGACAAUCAGCUAUUGAGGAACGGCAACGAGAAGAGCAGGAGCGAUUACGAAAAAUUGCGGAAAAGAAUGAGCAAGAGAAGUUCGCAGAACUCACCUCAACUGAUUCUCCAGAAACUGAAACUGUUACGAAGAAGAUCAGAUAUAGGUUGAGACCUUCUCAGUGUGCUGCAAUCAACAAAUUCACAAGGGUCUUCAAUAUCACAGAUCCAUCAGAGUGGAUAGCAAAGAACUGUCAAUUGGCAAAGAGGUACUUCCCGCAAGCGUCGUGUCCUCAAAUCCAAUCGUUGAUUGAGUCAUGCUUUGCACUUCUUUAG